AUGGUCGAGGACGGACCGAUCGACGCCCCCACGUGGUUGCUCGCCGUCAACGCCGGCCGACAGAGUAGCACAGAAUUGACGCUUCACGCCGAAGACGCGGUUCUGUUCAACUUUGAGAGAGCCGUGCGCUGCAACCGUCAGGUACGCCGCGAAAUCCCGUCGCAGCGCGAACCGGAGCUUCUGCCGUACCUCAAGAUUCUUAGCGAGGGGUACUAUAUGCAGGACCGCGAGCAUGAGUUGGGACCCCUGCGCCUCGCCGUGUGGGGUUACUACUACAGCGACUCGGACGGAGUCAAGCAAACCGGCCGACCAAUCGAGCUGUGCACCAAAUCCAAGAAACAACCUUCGUGCCGACGGGUCGCCCAGAUGUUGAACAUUUCGUACUGUACGGCUGCCUUGAGGGCGCAGGAGGAGCGGCUGCUGAGCAGGCCAACGAGGGGCUCCGCGCUGAACACGCAAAUAGUCCCCUCCUGGGAUAGAGGUAGCGGCAGCCUCCGUUGGGGAAUCGGCAGUGCUCCCCAGGCCCCGAACAUGUCAUACGGCCGCCACGUUCCUUCGUCCUCCACAUCCUCUAGCCACCGCCCGCGGGAUCCACGCUCGCGUUGA